GGGCCCAUUCUGAUGUGAGGACAGCAGCCCUCAGGCCUUUAGAGCCAAGAGGCCUUAGACUCAGCAAUCAACUGGGCUGGUUUCCUACCUCUGCAAGCAGUGAAGGACCCUAAGGCCCACAGAAGGGAUUGCCCACCAUCCCUUGGGAGAGGGUACGCAGCAGAAUGAGGACUGUAGUCCAGCCCUUGGUGAGAAGCCAGCUCUCAGGAAGGUCACUGGGGCAGCCCAGGGACCCCCAGGAGGUCAGACGUGAACCCCGCUUCGUAGAACCUGUCUGCCCACAAGAAAGUAGUGGGGGGUGGAUGCUGCUUUGGCCACGAUGGGAAGGCGGAAGGGUGAACGGGACUGAUUCUUGGGCAUCUGCUGGGGAAGUAAGAGUUGCCACGAGAUCUGGAGGGGCAGGUAGGAGUAUUGUUGGGACUUUACAUCCUUUGGGGCCAUUUGGAGAUGGGGCUAGAGAACUGGAGACCCAGGGGUGGCUGCAAGGCUGGCCACUAAUGCUGCUCCCUCGCUUGUCUGCUCAUUCACACUUGCAACAGAUACUGAUUGAGUGCCUACUCUGUGCUACGCCCUGUCCUAAGCCUUCGGGAUAACAUCAGUAAACAAAACAGCCCGAGAUCCCAGCCCAGACAACAAGUUAAUUACACAGCGCAUCAGACAGUGAUGAGUGCAGUGAAAGAAAGGAAAGGUAGAUCCAGGAAAGGGGCACCAGGAAUGCCAGGCAAAUGAUGUUUGAGUCCAGGCUAGACCAGGCCAACAGGGAGAAGGGACAGCCGAUGCCCAAGGCCUGGAGCCAGGAACCCUUCUGAAGAAGAGAAGGAGGCCAGAGUGGCUGGGACGGAGGUCAAAAGAACAUGGGACUGUACUGUGAAGGCUUCUAGAGCCUAGGAAGGACUUUGGUUUUGACUCUGAGCAGGAUGGGACCCGUGCAGGGUGUGGAGCAGAGGACAGACACGGCCUGACUUCAAUUUCACCUGCAUAGCUCUGGCUGCGAGGUGGAGAACAGACUGGAAGGGGGCAGGGGUGGAGGCAGGGAGGCCAGGCAGGGAUCCAAGCGGAGGUGAUGGUGGCUUCGGGCCUGGGUAGUAGCAGUGGAGGAGGUGUGGAGGGGUGGGGUGUGGGAUGUGUUUUGAAGGCAAUACCAACCCAACACAGUUUCCUUAUGGAGUGUUAUUGAGGUAUGAGGGAAAGGGAGGGAUCAAGGAGGACUCCAAAGGUUGGGACCCACAUUUGGUGCCUUCACAGAUCUCUGUGGGCCAUGGCACCUGAGCACUGGAUCUCUGUGCCCUUGAAAGAAGACCCCGCCCCCGCCCCACUACCCGGCAUACCUAAGAAUAGAAUCUGACAGAAUAUUCUGUGGCUGUCGAUGGAAACAACACGUUACAUCAGAACCCCUGUGCGCUCUGUUAAUGUCGGAGGCUCAUCGUGUUCAGCAAGCUCAGCGCUUUCUGCGUGCACCCAUGGGUCUGCCCUGAUGCCCUGCCUCUGCCCCCGAGGCUGCGGGACUGCCGCUGCGCUCCCGUGCCCCACUGCAAGGGAAUCAUUCAAGUGUAACAGAGAAAGUCAGAAACAUAGCCCUGGAUGAGGUCGUGAUCCUGCACGUGAACACCACCGCCCCAGAAACCCCCUCUAGUGACCUCUGGAGACUCCCAAAGGACGCGGGAGAAAAGCGCCUCGGGAAGCACGCGCCUUGCCACAGACCACAGGGCUGGUGGGGGCAGAGCUGAGACCGGACGACACCACAGCCCAUGCUGCCUCUGCUCAUGUACAUCGGCCCCCCUGAGGCAGAGAGAGAGGGCAGAAGCAGAAAAGAUAAAAGUACCAGACAGCACAAUAAACUUCAUAUAUUGAAAACAAAGAAAAAAGUACCAGACAGGUGUGAGAAACACAAGGCACGAACGGUCACCUAGUUUCUCAAAAGAUGCAACACAAUUUUUAAGUGAUGUGAAAUACCGUUUUCAAAACAACACGGAGGAGUGUAUUUAACCGCACUCAGCUCGUAAAGAGCCGAUGGGCGAGUGGAAUAAUGGUGCACGCUGUAGCAUGUUGAAUGUAUUGGCAACAGAGAAGCUUGGUCGAAGGAAGCCGAGAGCGAGAGAGAGGGAUUCAGGUCCCUGCCUUGUCAGUUUGGGUUAUUGUCCAAAGAGAAAUGGGCAGUCAUAACCCUUGAGCUGAGACACACACCAGCCUUUACACGCUUGAAACCCCCAGCUUUCCCCCUGGAAAGGAGGGAUGGAGAAGAGAAGGCCAAGCCAGGGAAGCUGUUUCCGACUCACACGAGGGAGCUGGGGAGCCAUAGACAACCCUGGGAGGAGGCAGGGCUUCAGGCCCAAGAGUCACUCCUCUCCUCCCACGCCGUCUGUCUGCCCCCUGGUGGCCAUGCCCCAUCUCUGCAGGCCUGGCUGCCUGUCCCGAGUGGGCGACAGCCUGGCGUGAGGUGCUGUGGGGAUAGAGGGGGUUGGGGCCUGCUGGGCCGGGUAAGCAGGGCCUUGCCCUCAACAGGCUCGUUAAAGCCGGAGGCAGCCCUGGAGGCUGGGGCCCGGCUGCCCUGCCUGGUCACCGCGGGAGGCUGCGAGGCCGUCGUUGGCCGGCAGGGGGUCAGGCCACCUGGGCCAUCACCCCUGCCCUGAGAUUUCACACGGUGCGCCCUCCUCCGCCGUCGAGGCCACCCGAGUUGGCUCCCUCCCUUCUCCCGGUGCCGAGGUCUGGGCACCGGGCCACUGCUCACCCUAUGGGCAGAGUUAAACAUUAGUGGCGGGUUAUCAGGAAGAUCAGGGGGAGGGAGACCAGGAACCUGCCCUCACCAGUGUCUCUGCUGGAGCCACCAGUUUCCGCCCCAGCCGGAAAAUGCCCGUGGAGGAGUUUGUGGCCGGCUGGAUCUCUGGAGCUCUGGGUUUGGUCCUGGGACACCCUUUUGACACUGUAAAGGUGCGGCUACAGACCCAGACCACAUACCGGGGCAUCAUCGAUUGUAUGGUGAAGACUUACCGCCAUGAGUCGCUCCUGGGCUUUUUCAAGGGAAUGAGCUUCCCCAUUGCGAGCAUAGCCAUGGUCAACUCCGUCCUGUUCGGGGUCUACAGCAACACCCUGCUGGCGCUCACGGCAACCGCUCACCAGGAACGGCGGGCCCAGCCACCCAGCUACAUACACGUCUUCAUAGCUGGCUGCACCGGAGGGUUCGUGCAGGUCUACUGCUUGGCCCCUUUUGACCUCAUCAAAGUCCGGCUACAAAACCAGACGGAGCCAAGGGCGCGGCCUCCGGGCAGCCCCCCGCCCCGGUACCGGGGGCCUGUGCACUGUGCGGUCUCCAUCUUCCAGGAGGAGGGGCCCCGGGGGCUGUUCCGGGGAGCCUGGGCCCUGACGCUGAGGGACACCCCCACACUGGGGAUCUAUUUUGUCACCUAUGAGUGGCUCUGCCGCCAGUCGACGCGGGACGGCCAGGACCCCAGCCCAGCCACGGUGCUGGUGGCAGGGGGCUUCGCAGGCAUCGCCUCCUGGGCCGUAGCCACGCCCUUGGAUGUGAUCAAGUCUCGGCUACAGAUGGCGGGGCUGAAGCGCAGGGCGUACCGGGGGGUGCUGGACUGCAUGGUAAGCAGCGCCCGGCAGGAAGGUCUGGGGGUCUUCUUCCGGGGGCUGACGAUCAACAGCGCCCGUGCCUUUCCUGUCAACGCCGUCACCUUCCUCAGCUAUGAAUACCUCCUCCGCUCGUGGGGGUGAGUCCAGGCAGGUCAGGCCGGCCGCUCCCCAGCGAGGCCACCGCCCACCUGCCCAGCUGGGAGGCCGAGGUGAAAGCACCGGCUCGCGAUCUGAUUCGAGAGGCCCAGCCCUUCCCAAGGGUGAGCGGCAGUGGGGGGGCAGGAGGCCCCGGGCCCUGGGCUCCGGAACACAGGCCGACUUCAGCCCCCCAGCAGGGCUCGCCUUGAGUCUGUGAAGUCCACUCCCCGCCCCGUGGUGCUGGUGACCUUCUGGCCCCCGGCCUGGGGCUUCACCCCUUAAAGAGCUCUUAGAGGCUGCGCCCCUGGGCGCUAACCAGCCACCCCCUGGAUUCCAGCAACUCGUCCUCACGGGCCCUCCUCACCUCCUUUCAAACUGCUCCCCGCGUGACCCCCCUGGAGAGCAGCCUUCUGUCCCCUGCUGGUCCAGGGUCCUUCAGUGGCUUCCUUUCUGGUCUGGGGGAGAGCCCUCCCCCCCCCCCCCACCUCCUGGGCCCUCCCUGUCCACUAGCUUUCUUCUCCCUGGGGGCUUCCACAGCCCAGCCCCGCACUUGGAGAACAAGCUGUGCUGUUAUUGGCCUUGGCCUGGAAGGCUUAUUCCCUUGUGGCCAGGAGCAAACAGUUCCCGAGGGGUGGCUAAGCCCACUCCGGGCCCAGGCCGAGCACUGUCUCUUGGAGUCUUUCCUUGCCUCCCCCUUGCCUCUUGACUGGCUGGGGGUUUUCAUACCACUCCCAACCCCCCACCUCCUGGUCCCCACCCCCACCUCGUCCCCUGAUCUCUUCCACAUCCCCCACAGGCCUGGAUCACCGCCCUCCCUCCCCUGUGCUUUGUCGUGGUUGUUGAUUUGCUUCUCAGCCUAACCCCGUUACACAGGGAGCUCCUUGAGGUCAGGGGCCAGACUUCUGAUCGGUCCCCCAACUCCAACCACCACACCCACUUCCUUGGUGCUUCACCCCCACCUUUCUACCGGGAGUUUUUGCCUGCCUGGCCCCUCUUGGGGUCGUCUCCAGGGGACCGGUGCCAGAAGUCGGGGACCACCUCCCCCAGGAGUGCUGGCCUGGCCACUCUCACGGACGGUGUUUGUUUUUCUUACCCGUCUCAGUUGCUAAGUGGGGGUUACAAACUGGCCAAAGAGGGGUUCCUUGAUUGGCAAUGAGGCCGAGGAGAGUUUGUACCCACUAAUGUCCCUGUCUGGUCUGAGGUCAGCCUGGGCCCACCUUCUGGUGACCUGAGUGCCUGGAAUUCUUACCAUUUACUGGGGGCUCCCAAUGAGAACCAUUACAAUAGGGGCACCUGGCUGGCUCUGUCAGUGGAGCACGUGGCUCUCCAUCUUGGAGUUGUGAGUUUGAGCCCCCCGUUGUGCAGAGAUUGCUUUUAAAAAACAAAAUAAAAUCUUAAGACAAAACAUCA